AUGAUAAGUUUUUUGGAAAGCCCAAUACAAUAUGAAGAUAUUAAUGUAAAUUUUAAUGAUCUAAAUGAGGUUCGAAAUGAAAAUACCAACAUUGAAGAAAAUGAAUUCAAUUUGGAAAAUAUUGCUGAUUUAGGAGCAGAUUUGAAUGAUUUGAUGAAUGAUAAUGAUGAAAAUACUUUUGGAAUUAGUUUGUAUGAAGAUCUCAUUGAUAUAAAUUCAAUUGAAGUUGUAAAAAAUAAUUCAAACAUUCAAAAGACAGUUGAAAGUGAAGUAACUUUAAAGUCAAAAAUUGAAACUAGCUUAGUUAUUUACAAAGUAAACUUUGAGAGAACCAAUACUACAGUGAUUUGUGAAGAAAAAAACGUAAAUUUUGGUUUUUCAAAUGAUUUAAUAGGAACUGGUACAUUAAUUUUAGAAAAAAUUGAAGAUCCUGAUGUUUUUACAUUGACAUGGGAAGGAAAACUACUUGAGUUUUUUGUUAAUAAUCAACAAAAAGACCAAGAAACCUCUAAAUAUUCUUUUUUACUACGAUAUAUUAUCGAUAUUAAUUUAAAAGUUAUUCAGGAUGAAGAAUUCUUUGUCUUCAUUAAGUCUGAUUUUCAACUUGAAAAUGAAACAAUUUUUCUCCAGUUUUCUUUUAACACAGAGGAAAAGGCAAACUUUUGGUAUGAAAACUUAUCUAAAUAUAAACAAUUAACUAUCAAGAAAUCCAAUAUUAAAGAAAAUGACCAUUAUAAUGUCCAACAAAAUCAACUAAAGAUAUCCAAAGAAUAUCCAGCAGACUAUUUAAUGAAUGAUCAAAAACAUACGAUACUUUUAUCUAGUAAUUCUCAAGCCCCAAAAAUCUCAAUUCCAUUCUUUAGAGAUAAUAAACGUUCAAAGAAAAAUUCAAAUAUUUCAAAUUCUCUCAGCUAUCAUCAUUCUGAAAAUCUUUUUCCUCUUAUUAAACAUGAAGACAAAGUAUUUAUUGAAAAUCAAAUUAAAAAUCUUAUAUACUCAACUGUUAACAAUGAUCAUCAACAUUUUAAUUUUAAUAAUAUAUCAUCUUUUGAUAUUGAAUCUAACAAAUCUGUUAUUCAACAAAAAUGCUCAUUUAUUAAAUUUGUAGUUAACUCCAUUCAAACAAAUAAUAUGGAAAACAAAUUUUUAUCACUUUCUAAUUCAACACUUUCAAAACCUUUCAAAUCGUCAUCUUCAUGUGAAAAUACACAUUGUUCUCAGAUCUCAAAAGAGAAUAAUGUAAAUAACCUUCAAUCUCAAUUAUUCACAUGUCCUAUAUGUUAUGAAAGUUAUGAUUAUAAUGAUAUUAUUACACUUCAACCAUGUGGACAUCAAUUAUGUUUUAAUUGUGAAUACAAACUGGUAGAUUCUAAAUGCCCAUGGGAUAGAUAUAAAUAUACUAUAAAGCAUUAA